AUGUGCAAGAAGCCGCUGUCUGCGCUGCUCUACACCUUGGUGAUCGCAGCAGUUGCCACGGUCCUGUGGCUCUGGACCUCUGUUCCGCUACCGAGUGACACGGCAGUGGUGAUUCCAGCUGCCAAGGUGCCUUUGAGACCAGCUCCCAAUGCUUCGCUCAGCAAGGCGUCUCUGAGACCGAGUUCUGCAUCGGACUCCAAAGCCAACGUGCUGCUGGAGGAGCCGCCCUCCAACCAGCUGGGAGAUGUGCGAAACUGCAGCACAGCAUCGCCAGAGACUGGAAAGAAAGGAGGACGCUGCCUGUCUUCCUUGCAAUGCUCGGAUGGGGAGUUCUGCCAUCCGGAGAGGAAGACUUGUGAGAACUUCUGUGUCGACAGAAACAAAGGUGACGAGGAGAUGACUCGAUGCAGCUCUUGCAUGCAGCGCUGUCCGAAGAGGAGCAUCUGUACGGGCUUUAUCGAAGAUCGACCGGCCAGCCUGCGAGGCUCCAAAGGAGGCUCCUGCAACGUCCGGCAAUUGGUCGGGAACUGCCCGUUUUGCAAGGAUGCUUGCAAAGGGAUCACCGCGGGGCCCGUACGAUUUCCAGAGGAUGAUCCGACGGACAAGGACAUCUGGAUCACGAGCUAUCCCAAAACGGGCUCGACAUGGGUGCGGCAUCUGGUGACGAACUUGUACUUUGCCACAUCCUCGGCCUUCCAUCCAACAGAGGAGUUGGGCAUCCCAGGAGCGGUGAAGAAUCCAGGACCGGCGGAGGUGGCGUCCUUCAAAGCCGUGGAUGACUUCAUCCCCUUCAUCGAAGAUGGUAAAGGCUGGACGUCUCGCGACAUGUUCCGCACGCGUGCGGGCAUGCGCAUCUGGAAGACCCAUGAGCCCUUCAACUGCGACACGCACCCCUGCAAGGGUGGCACCGUGGACCAUCAAGCUGCGAGCCAGUGCAUGUGCCCAAACUGUGCCAAGAAGUUCCAAAGGGUCAUCUACGUCUACCGAAACGGCUAUGAUACCCUCGCCUCCUACUUCCGCUUUCGCAUGGGCCUGGGCCAAGUGCGUGAUCCUUCCUCUUUCCCGAGCUUUAUCAACAACAGGAGGAUGUAUCCGGGCGUCUCCUGGGCUGACCACAUUCGAUCCUGGCAGCAUGCUGCGCGGGAAAACCCGAAGCUGAGGAUCCUAUGGCUUCGCUACGAGUCCUUGCGUCAGACGCCGGAACUCGAGAUGAGGAGAAUUGCCAAAUUCCUGAACUUGGACGCGGAUUCGAAGGAUAUCCAGUUCGCCAUCAACGCGUCUUCUAAAGAGACGCUCCAGCAGAUGGAGACCCAGGAAGGUGGGGUGAACUUCUUCAAGAUCCGCUACAACAAGAGCUCCCUGAAGUUCGUCGGGUCAG